UCCUUCCACGGCAUUUUUGGAAAAGUUUCAUACACACUGAAUUAGCCGUUCACCCAUAGCCGCUGCCCCUUCAUCUCCACCGACUCACCACCACUGCCCCUCUCACAAUUCAUCUAGACGCCCCGGCCCCAUUAGACCUCCUAACUGGUAUAGGAAAUUGUUUUUUUUUUGGUCUUUGAAACCGGCCAUUGACAUUUUCUUUAAAAGUGGUUUGUUAAACAGUACUCCAAUAAACUAAUCAGUUUCUUUUCAACUUUGGUAAAACUUCAACAAUUGUUCCCUUCUUCCUUUUCUUGACCCGUGAACAAGAAAGAAAGCAAGCCCGUGUAUUAUACGGGUCUAUUCCUUGAAUCUUCUUUGAUCCUUCUGAAAAUAUUCUCUUCUAAUACCAAUCAUUCUUUUUUCUAUCAGAGGAACUAAUUCGUUUCUUUACUGACCCACUACAGAAAAAACACUGUUGCGUUUGUUCUUUUAGAUCUGAAGUCAUUUGAAAUUCCAUGCUGUGAAGAACCCACAAUUUUUUUGUUGUUGUUGGGUAUGUCUGGAGUUGCAGCGGAGCAUGUGAAUCAUCCGGUAAUGGCGACUAAGGACCGGUCCGGUUGCUGUAACCCGGUGAAGAAGCCCGGCCCUGUUUCAGUGGACCAUGUUUUAUCAGCAUUAAGGGAGACUAAGGAAGAGAGGGACCUUAGAAUCAGAAGUCUAUUCAGUUUUUUCGAUUCCGACAAUGUGGGUUACUUGGAUUCUGUGAAAAUCGAAAAGGGGUUGUUUGCUAUGCAAAUUCCAGCGGACUAUAAGUUUGCUAGGGAAUUGUUGACCGAGUGUGAUAAAAAUAAGGAUGGGAGGGUGGAUUAUCCGGAGUUCAGAAAGUAUAUGGAUGAUAAGGAGCUGGAGCUGUAUAGGAUUUUUCAGGCUAUUGAUGUGGAGCACAAUGGGUGCAUCUUGCCUGAGGAGCUCUGGGACGCCCUUGUAAAAGCUGUUUCUUUUUUUUUUUUUGCAGGGAUCAAAAUAGAUGAUGAUGAACUUGCACGUUUUGUGGAACAUGUUGAUAAGGAUAAUAAUGGGAUUAUCACUUUUGAAGAAUGGAGAAAUUUUCUUCUACUUUAUCCACAUGAGGCCACCUUGGAGAAUAUUUACCGGUACUGGGAGAGGGUAUGUCUUGUAGAUAUUGGUGAACAGGCUGUCAUACCGGAAGGCAUCAGCAAGCAUGUUCAUACAACUAAAUAUUUAAUUGCUGGGGGAAUUGCAGGAGCUACUUCUCGUACCGCUACAGCUCCCCUUGAUCGGUUAAAGGUGGUUUUACAAGUUCAGACUACUCGUGCUUCUAUUGGUUCUACUGUCCGAGAAAUAUGGAAGGAUGGUGGUGUAUUAAGUUUUUUUAGGGGCAAUGGAUUAAAUGUGAUGAAGGUUGCACCUGAAAGUGCAAUUAAGUUUUACGCUUACGAGAUGUUAAAAAAUGUGAUUGCUCGUACCAAGGGUGAGGAACAAGGUGACAUUGGAGCUUCUGGACGUCUUGUGGCUGGGGGCAUGGCUGGUGCAGUAGCACAGACUGCUAUCUAUCCCAUGGAUCUUGUUAAGACUCGGUUACAAACUUAUGCAAGUGAAGGUGGAAAGGUUCCCAACCUGGGAAAACUAUCAAAAGAUAUAUGGAUUCAGGAGGGGCCUCGGGCUUUUUAUAAAGGGCUGAUACCAUCUCUUCUUGGAAUUAUACCUUAUGCUGGCAUUGAUUUGGCUGUCUAUGAAACGCUGAAGGAUUUGUCCAGGAUUUAUAUUCUUCAAGAUAAUGAACCAGGCGCUCUUGUGCAAUUCGGUUGUGGAACAAUUUCUGCAGCGCUUGGAGCAACAUGUGUUUAUCCUUUACAGGUUGUAAGAACGAGAAUGCAAGCUCAACCUACAAAUUCGGAGGCUGCUUACAAAGGAAUGUCUGAUGUGUUCCGGAGAACACUUCAGCAUGAAGGUCCCAGGGGCUUCUACAAAGGACUCUUUCCGAAUUUUCUAAAAGUAGUGCCAGCAGCAAGCAUUACUUAUCUCGUUUAUGAAUACAUGAAAAAGAGUCUAGAUAUCGAUUAGAUUGUGUAUAAUCUUGGAAGGUUGCUCCACAUUUGAGGUUAAUCAGCUGGUGCUAAGGGGCGAUGACGAUGACGAUGACGAUGAAAAUGAAUUAGGUUAUUAGUCUUGUUGGUGAUAUGAUUAUCAAAAUCAUACACUUAGAUUUUUACUUGUCAAAAAGAAAACACUUGAUUGAUUUGAUGCCUCCAUUGGAUGUUGAAGAAAUUUUAAGGGGAGUUCUCUUCUUCGCCUGACGGAAUAACUAUUUUGUCAAUUGAGAAUAGUCGUCUUUAUUUGGGGAUUUCCGUCCCAGUUAUAGGAAUAUCCUCUGUAAACAAAUGCUAAUUUACUUGCACAUUGUAAGGUGUAGACCUUACCAUUUUUUACUAUAUGGAUAUUCAAACUCAUUUUGAACCA